AUGGCGACCGACCAAUCAGCGCCCGCCGGCGGUCGCGAAAGGCAGCCGCCCGCCUAUGGGCGCCGGCGGAUGCCGCAAGCGCUGCCCCCCGCCAUGCCCCACCUCAUCGCCUUCAGGCGGGGCCGGGACCAGGGCGGGGGCUGGGAGGGCGGCCGCCUGCGGGACCCCCCCGCGCCCCCCCCCAGCCCCCCCCCGCCGCCCCCCGCCCCCACCCCCGGCGACGAGGCCCGACGCUUCUACGAGAGCCUGUGGGCCGAGGAGCCGCCCCCCCACGCGCCCCACGGCCAGACCCCCGCGCCCCCCACGGCCGAGCGGGGGGGCCCCCCCCAGGCGGGGGGAGGGGAGCCCCCACGGGCCCCCCACUUCUGCCCCACCUGCGGGACCCACUUCAGGGACCCCCCGGCGCGGCACCGCAGCUCCACCGCCCACCUGCUGGCGCGGGGGGGGGGCGCCCCCCCGCCCCUCCCCCCCUUCCACAUCCCCCCCACCAACUACUCCCCACCCCCCAACCGCCCCUGUGACCCCCAACGGCCCCCUGACCCCCAAGUGCCCCCCGGCCCCUCAAGUCCCCCCCAGGGCCUCCCCGACCCCCUCAGGACCCCCUCUGUGCCCCCCAAGUCCCCCCCAUCAUCCCCCACCUCUCCGGUGCCUACCAACUCCUCCCGGAGCAUUUUGGGGCCAAACAUGGCGUUUCCAGCCCAACGGCCGCCAGGGGGCGCCGGCGCUGGACGCCGCUUCCGCCCCGCACCUGACGUCACUUCCGCCCGCGCUUGA